AUCACGUCGGAUUAAAAUGAAACUGGUUCUCGUUGUUUCACUCACUAUCUGCUUCCUCGCCGUGUCAAAUGAAGCUGCACCAGAUAAAACAGAAAAUCUACAACUGAUUGCUGAUGCAUUUGCGAUUCAGGAUAAUCUGAGAAAGUGUUUAGCGAAGUCGAAUGGUGUGGUAUCGAAUUAUUUCAAAGAGGAUGGAUUGGGUGAUGCGUUGAAAAAUGUUCUUGCCAUCAUUACGAAGCGUUUGAAGAAUCGAAGUGAGAAGCUUUGCUCAUAAUUAGCCGUACUCAUCACUGUCAACUGGGCGAGUGGAACAUGAUCGAAUAGAUGAAGAGAUCCGUACGCCAGUUAAUUAAGUGAUAUAUUCUGAUGUCUUCACCCAAACAGGUUAUUUCCAAUGUAGUCAGUCACUUUUCAUACCUAAUAAAUUUCGCCUUUUGAA